CGCAAAUUAACUGUAACUUUCCUAAAACAAUCUGUUUUAUUUCAGAAGAAAUAAGUUAACAUUUUUGCUAUUAUGGUUGUAUCUUACAGUAUACUCUUAGGGUAGUCCUUGUAUGUUAAACAUGUUGGUAGGAUGAGGGUUAAACAAUCAUUACUCAGUAACUCUGUGCAGCCUUGUGUGAGCAGCUUUACCUGACUUUUUUUUUUUUUGCAGAGUCCUAGCUGGUUGAGUGUGCAGCCGGUUGGUGCAGGUUUUCAGUGUGUUACAGGCCGGGCCCAGUGCUGCAGGUUGUCCGGUAGGGUGCCUGCCGAGCUACAAGCAUGCUGUUGAUGUCAGGAGCAAAAGGAGGGGAACGUGAGGAAUGGCUGAAAGCUGACGGUGAUCUGUAGCAAACAAACCAGGACGUCAAACGAUUUGUCCGGUAACUGUUUAACUGACGGUUUCCCCGCCGCCCGGGAUCAGCCUCUUUGUAGCGACGCAUUAACAGGCACCGCUCGGGUUUUUUUGGUUAUUUAAUGGGACAACGAAAACGCAAAAAACGCAAGGUAGGCUACCGCUGCUGUCGCCAGCAUUGCUACUUUAUUUUCAUGGACUAAUACGACACGCAGGGGGUUUGAGAAAUGUUUCACGGCAAGGUAAACCGCUCGUCUUCGAGGACAACGUUGGGGUUUUAACGCUAGCUUAACGUUUAACGUGGAUGUUUGUUUUGUAUGAAGUGUCCGGACGUUUUAUAUUGUUUUGAAAAAGCGACGGUUAGGCUUCAUCUCUUCAUGCCUCAACCGACCAAACCACAUGAGAAGUCGACGUCCGGAAUAGAUUAAACCACAAACAAAGCCCACCCUCCCCUCCUAUUUUUUUUAAUCGCUUUCACCUGAACCGACGAGGAGAAAAUGCGUGUGGAUUUGUUUUGGGUAUGUUUGUGGUGUUUCCUUCGCCCCGGUGCCACCGGUCAAGGGCAGUCGACUCCGGCCGUUUGUUCGCCCUCAUGCAGCUGCGAUGAAGAUGGGGGUGCAGACUGCUCCGGGAGAGGACUGACCACCGUCCCAACUGGGCUCAGUGCUUUCACUUAUUACCUAGACCUGAGCAUGAACAACAUCACUGAGCUUCCAGCAUAUGUGUUCAAGAACUUCCCUUAUCUGGAAGAACUACGACUUGCGGGGAAUGACCUGUCCUUCAUCCACCCUGAAGCCCUGUCUGGACUGCAUCAGCUCAAAGUCUUGAUGCUUCAGAAUAAUCAACUGAAGACUGUGCCCAGUGCAGCCCUGAAGAUGCUUCAUGCUCUCCAGUCUCUUCGCCUGGAUGCAAACCAUAUUACCACUGUUCCAGAGGACAGUUUCGAAGGCCUUCAGCAACUGCGCCAUCUGUGGUUGGAUGAUAACAACCUGACGGAGGUCCCCGUUGGUUCUCUGAAACACCAGGCGAACCUACAGGCUCUGACGUUGGCACUCAACCGCAUCUCGUACAUACCGGACAACGCCUUUGCAAACCUCACCAGUCUAGUUGUGCUGCAUCUUCACAACAACAGAAUUAAGGAGAUAGGAGACAACUGUUUUGCUGGUCUAGUGAACCUGGAGACACUAGAUCUUAAUUUCAACAACCUCGUGGUUUUUCCCAGAGCAAUAGAGGCCCUGCCCAAACUCAAAGAGCUUGGCUUUCACAGCAAUGAUAUUGCUUCCAUACCUGAAGGGGCCUUCCAUAACAACCCCCUGCUGCGAACCAUACAUCUUUAUGACAACCCUCUGUCCUUCGUGGGUGCUUCGGCUUUCCAGAAUCUGUCUGACCUCCACUCACUGAUGUUGCGGGGGGCCAGUAUGAUGCAGGACUUCCCGAUCCUCACAUUGACUAACAACCUUGAGAGCCUAACGUUGUCAGGAACCAAGAUAUCGUCCAUCCCCGCUGAUCUGUGUGAGGAUCUCAAGUUGCUUCGGACUCUAGAUCUGUCCUACAAUGAGAUCAAGGAUCUCCCAUCUCUUCAGGGCUGUGUCCGACUGCAGGAGAUAAGCUUUCAGCACAACCACAUUCAACAAAUUGACAGGGACACUUUUCAAGGUCUCUCUGCUCUACGUUUACUAGACCUGAGCAGAAAUGAAAUCAGAAUCAUCCACAGAGAUGCUUUCCUCACCCUCACUGCACUCACCAACCUAGAUCUGAGCAUGAACUCUCUGACAGUGCUUCCAACAACUGGACUGAGUGCCCUCAGUCAACUGAAACUCUCAGGGAACCCGCAGAUGAAAAAUGUGCUGACUGCGAGAAACUUACCCAAACUCAGGUCCAUCUCUGUCCCAUACGCCUACCAGUGUUGUGCAUUUGUUGGAUGUGACUCACUAACGAGUUCUUCUGAGGAUAAUGACGUAAAGAAAUCAACAGGUGGGGAGGAUGUGGAAAGAAUCUCAAUGAUUAUGCAUUGCUCUCCUUCACCAGGAGCCUUUAAACCUUGUGAGCACCUCCUGGGCAACUGGAUGAUUCGUCUGACAGUCUGGUUCAUCUGCUUGGUGUCCCUGGUCUUUAACAGCCUGGUGCUGGUAGCCACCUUCUCCCCCACACACCGAGCCACAGGCCAUUCCCACUCCCUGACCCCAUCUCUCUCUCCAGCGAGGCUACUGAUGGGACUGCUGGCGCUGGCCAACCUGCUGACAGGCCUGUAUGUCGGCGUGCUAACCGUGCUUGACGUCGCCACCUGGGGCACCUUUGCUGAGUUCGGUGUGUGGUGGGAGAUGGGGCCCGGCUGUCAGGUCACGGGAGCUCUGGCCGUCUUCUCGUCGGAGUGGGCAGUCUUGUUACUCUCGCUGGCAGCCGUGGAGCGCAGCGUGGCCGUGCGGGAGAUUCUCGGGAAGGUACUGAUGUCACCCAGGAGGAGCGGCGGCAGCCAUCGCGGAUGCUGGAGAGGAGAUCGACGCUUCAGCCUCGCUGCAGGACUCCUGGGGCUGCUGGCUGCUGCUGGAGCCUGUCUGCCUCUCCUCACCUCCAGUGGCCAGUCUGCCUCUCCUCUCUGCCUGCCCUUCGCUGGUGGCGAGAGUCCAGCUCUGAGUGUCACAGUCGUUCUGGUGCUGCUCAACGCGCUGGCUUACCUGUUCACUGCAGCUGUGUACACUCAGCUGUACUGCCAACUGGGCAGGGUGGAGCUGGCAGACCCAGAGCAGACAGGUGCCCUGCGCCAUGUAGCCUGGCUUAUCUUCACCAAUUGCAUCUUCUUCUGCCCUGUAGCAGCUUUCUCCUUCGCUCCUCUCUUGACUGGCUCUACAGCCGGUGGCCCAGAGAUUGCCAAGUCUGUCACUCUCAUUUUCUUCCCGCUGCCUGCGUGCCUCAACCCAGUGCUGUACGUGUUCUUCAGCCCGGCCUUCAGGGAGGACUGGCUGAGGCUACGCGGCCACGGAGGUCUGACCAGGGAGGUGAAGGCUGGCGCUGAAAGUCACAGAGAUGAUGGUGGCGGAGGGUCGGAGCUCACGGACGGAGGCUCCUCCACUCACCUAGGCUUUGACUGUGGGGUGUACUCACAGCUUUGUGGAGAGACAGUUGUAUGUGAACAGUGUGAGGCAGCACUGCAUGCCAGGACCUGCUCCUCCCCCUCAUCCUCCACAGUCUGUAGACACUUGGUAAAGUCUCAUAGCUGUCCCACCCUCUUGGCGGGAGCUGCGGUGUGCCAGCGCACCGAGGGGUUUUGGGCAGACAGCAGCACACCCUCCGCUCAGUCUGAGUACGCGGACGAGGGGGACUCGUUUGUGUCGGACAGCUCAGACCAGGUUCAGGCCUGCAGCAGAGCCUGUUUCUGUCAGAGCAGAGGCCUUCCUCUCGUACACUACUCAUACAACAUACCUCGAGUCAAAGACUAAGGAUGCUUCAGAGCUCCAGUACGUCUGUGUGCACAGAUCUCUCUGUCAUGUGAAUUAAGAUGCUACAUUUUUAUAUCAAACAACAAAAUGUGCCAACUACCCUGCUAAAAGACUAUUCAGCCAGCACUUAUGUUUGUAAUUACUGUGUAAACAGAGAUGCAACCCAUCAUUUAAAGGGAACUCUUGGUAUGCUUUUUGAACUUGGAGACUAUUUCUAAGUGUAUGUUUUGCCCAGCAGUGGUCAAACUGAGCUGAACUGAGCGCAUCAUGUUACACGCUGGUCGACAAAAGGAAGCUGCAAAAGGAAAAUCUCGCCACCAGUGCCUGCCUCUUGCUUUCGAUUGGAUAUCAUGAUGAUGCAAGCCUCAAUUUAUGUUCAAGGAUUUUGUGAUUUCUCUGUUUUACCUGUACUUAUAAGCUUUUUAAAUUUAGUUUUUAAUUGUUAUACAUCUUGUCAAUUUUUAAAGCUUCUUCACAGCAACUGUUGAUUUUAUACCUUGAUUUUUUUUUUUUUUUUUUUUUUUACAUAAAUGUAGCAAAUGUAAUAAUCACCCUAGACUUUUCCUUGUGAAUGUAACUUUCAGGUGUUCUUCACCUAACAGAGAGGAUUAAUGUAACGUCAGCAAUAACUUCUGCCCUACCUGCCUGUGAUUAGUGUGAUAAUGGUAUAUAAGUAUAUGCCAGUCUAUAAUAAACACGUCUUUGCUUUAAGUUA